UGAGUGGCCUCUUUUUCUCCAUCCCCUGCCGAGCCCUGGCCCAGAGUGGAGAAUGGGCCCUUCCAGUGGCCACUGGGCUCCUCUGUCUCCUCAGUUUCUACAGCCUCAUUUGCAUGAACAUAUCAGACCCAGGCAUCUUGCACAGAGGCUCUGUCGAGCAGAACCCAGAGGCACCCUAUGUGGCACACGUGAACAACAAAUGUUUCCCAAUGCCAUGGUGUGCCAAAUGUCAUCUCCACCGCCCGCCCCGAACACACCACUGUGAAACCUGCAACAUCUGUGUGGAGGAAUUCGACCACCACUGCAGGUGGGUAAACAACUGUGAGGGACACCGCAACAUCAGGCUCUACCUGCUGCUCCUCCUCUCAUUGUGCCUCUACCUGGUGCCGGGCUGGCUAGCUGUGUGGUAUUCCUGGUACACAGGAGGAACAUGCCCUUCAUGGACUGAGCCAUGA